AUGCAGUCGCACUUGAAAUGCUUAACAGUUAUUCUACUUACCACUUCUAUGAUUUUGUGUAUAUCUGGAGAGUCAGUGGAAACAUGUGAAGUCAAUUCGGGGAACUGUAUUCACGGGCAGUGUAUUAACGGUGUAUGCGUAUGUGAAACAUGUUGGACAGGUGAAAACUGUGGAGAAAGAUUAUCUAGAAAACCUACAUUCAUUCAGAGGCAAUUCAAAUUCGAAAAGAAGCUCUCAGAUAUAAUUGAUGGAGGUGUGAUUGGCCGUCUACCAUUAAGUGAUGAAAACUCUUCUAUAGCAACAUGUGGAAAUGUUCACUUUGAAAUCGUGUCUAAUGCAAGCCAAUUGCCUAUAUAUAUUGACUCCAAGAGUGGUAUUUUGUACUCCAACAAUUUAUUGGAGAAAACACAAAUUUAUCGUACAGUUGAAUUUAAUGUGACUAUUCGAGAGGACAAUAACCAUUUGGGAGUAUUUGAUGAGGCAGUUGUCAGGGUGUCAGUUUACGAUAGUCAUUCUGAUGAAGAAGUAGAAAGGAGAGUUUCUCGAGUUAAGAGGGCUGUUAUAACAGCACCAACUGUAGGUAGUAUCAAAUUUUACAGAUCAAACACUAAGAAGGACGCUAGUUAUUGUCUCUACGACACCUGGUUUGUUGACUUAGAUAUCACCUUACCGCCUGGAAAUCACAAUCCAAUUAUCAAUGUUUAUGGACCUGCUAUCACUGGAUCAUACAGGGGAUAUAUUACAUAUUUGUUCAGUAAUUUCAGUGGUGUAAAUGUAGUGAACAACUCUACAAUGCAGUUCACUGACCUUACAUAUAUUGGUGGACGUUCAUUGCCUUCGAGAUUUACUAUGCUUCUAGGCCCGACAACAAUUUUGUCAUCUCCUUCGACAAAUUUAAGUGAUUUCACCUUUAAGAUACGUUUUACAGUCGGGCUGUUUUCCGACAUGGCAGCUCCAUCAAUUGGAACUAAUUUGAUAUUCAAUUUGGAUGCCAUUCUGGACACAAACAUAAGUGUGGCGCUCCCUCUAGUGGUAUCUGAAAUCUGUCCACAACAGAAUGAUGCAGUCAAGUUUAUAAAAUGCCCUCAAGAAGUCGCAUUUGGGGGAGUGUAUGAAUACUCCGUUGAGUUUUUUAUAAGCAGACCUAUUAGCGAUUAUGUGUUCACUUUCAGUGCUUUUUCAAGAACAACUUCAAUUGGACAUAUGUUUAUCACGAUUCCUGACACUUUUGCCACGUAUCCAGAAAUAUAUGAAAUGAAUACAGAACAAACUUCAUUCAAUUCAUAUUUUCACACAUCAUUAAGCUCUAUAAGUGUUAAAAAUUUGCAGAGUUUAGGACUAUAUGAUACUUCUCUUUCGAUAUCCAAUCGAUCAGUUCGUUUGACAGCUUACAUUCAAAUUUCAACGAGAAGUCUUCCUACUGAAAGGUUCGAAGCUAGGAUCGAACCAACCGGAAUGAAUUUGACCACAGGAAUCUGUGAAAGCGCAGGCUAUAGAUAUUCCAAUUACGUAAAUGUAUCACAGUGUUCAAUGGUAGUAGGUGAUAUUGAAUUCAUGGAUCAACUCGAAAUGGUUAAGUAUUUCAACGUUCAACUUAUAAUGCCUUAUUUAACAUCCGGUUUCUUUACUUUAAACUCACUUUCAAUUACUUCUACAUAUGCUGAAAUAUAUCAUGUGGAGUAUUUAUACGUUGACAAGGAUAAUUCCAAUGCAAUUAGAAAUAUUAGACUUAUUUCAGAAUACAAUGUGCAAAGUUCAAAUAGACGGAGAGUGGGAGCAAACACACCCCUGGGUUUUUUUGAAAACAACAAAACUUCAUUGAGUGAUACUUAUAAUUUCAGAGUUGGGAUCAAGUUUUUUUUUAAUGCCGCCCUUAAAGUAGGCGAUCUAAUCAGUAUAAGAUUUCAAGUUACUGCAUCUUCGACAAGUUUGCCUAGUGUACAGAAAAAUGUCCCAAUAACAAAUAUAAGAAUGCCACCCACUAUCACACCGCUCUCCAAAUAUCCUAUAGUUAUCCUUAGAAAAGUCGAGCCACUCCUUUCACAACCAAUGAUGAGAUUUACAGCCAUUCUGGAAGUUCGUGUGAGAUUCAUGAAGGAUUUUCUCUACAGUCCAGUCGUUAUUCUCUUGAAUACAACGGCAGGAUCACUAUAUCAACAACUUUUAUUUACAAUGGGUGAUUUAUUAGAUACCAUGACACCUACAGGCUUGAGUACUAGUUUUUCAGCAAGUGUAGGCCGAACAACAAUACACUCAGCAUACUAUAAUGAGACGUGCAAUGAUGGUCGUUGUGAAGUGGCCGUCCGUUAUUUCCUAUACCUAGGCAGUACUCCCACAGUUCUAAUCACUUCGGUAGUCUCGUUUGGUUCAUUGAGUGUUGUCAAGACAAUAAAUAUUACACCUCAAGUCUACAAUGCCAGCUUUAAAACGACGGCGAUCCCGCCUCCAAAUGUGGAGCUGGUCUCCUGUAAAUCUCCACUUUUGAAAAAUAAAGUUACCGCAAACGCCAUAACACAAUUGAGACUAGUCAUCCCUCUCAGACCCUUUGUAAGACAGGACUUUUAUUUAAGAAUUUCAACGGAUUUGACAAAGAGGUACAUAAUUCUACAACCAAGUACAAUCCUUCCAGGCUCAGCGUUAAACUUUGUCAGCGUGACGGAGAAACAUUCUGAAACGUUUUACUCGAUUACUAUAGGCAAUGUUUUUUAUGAAGGCUGGAAGAAGGACACACCUUUAACAUCAUCCCAUACAGCACAAAGCCUUAUUUAUAUUUCCGUGAAAGAAAACUACACAGGCCCACUGAAUUUUUCUUACAUAUUGACUACUGGCUCAACAAAUAUUUCUGGCAAUUACAUAUUCUAUACUGAUACUCCUGUAGUAUUUCCAAAAAGUCUUAGUAUCCAAUAUUCGCCAACUUUCACCGACCCAAAUGGUUUGUAUGGACAUAUGUGCAGUGGAACGACUUUCGAAUUAUCAGCAUGUCAUACAUUGCGUGACAAUAAUUGUGCAUAUUACACAGCUUGGAUUAACCGAAUUUCUCCAGGAGUUGGGUCAAUGAAUGUGACAGGAAUGUAUUAUUCAUCAUUAGAUAGCGGUGUGUACCUUGCAGCAGGUUACCGUUUAAACGUGACUUAUGUAAACGAUAUGAUAAGAGCGUCUUACGGUCCCGUAUGUGUGCUCUCUGACAUAGACAACACAAUGUGUAACCUCUGGUAUAUGCAAUUAAUGGGCGAUUGUAACCAAACAACGACGUAUAACUUUGCAUUUCCAGUACAGGUUGAGAUCAGUGGCAAACAAGGCAACAUAAGUGUUGAAGAUGUUACAUUCACUUUCCAACCAGUUACUCCUGUCUUCAGCGAAAUGACAAUUGAACUAACUCCAACUAACAUGACCUUGCAACCAGGUGAAAUAGGAAAUUUCACCAUAAAAUAUGCAAUUCCACUCUAUACUAGCUACACGAAAUUCACUGUGAAUGUCAAUUGUUCUGGAAAUACAUUUAAUAACGAGGCUAUCUUGACGGUGAAAGGAUUCCAAGUAAAUGUGGGUUCCAAUUUAGCUAAUGCAACCAGUGCCUACUCAUUCAAUUAUUCGUCAAGUUACAAAACUGGCCAGCUAGAUCAACUGACAGUAUAUUUUGACCAAGUUAUCAACAGUGCUACUGCUCUUGGUCCUUUGACACGAAAUACUCUCUCCAUAACGGUGAACAUUCAGCUGAGUGAUAGCCAACGUGCAGAAAUCGGUACUACAUGGCCCUUACAAUUCACAAGUACAUUUACAGAUACAAGUACUAUUACAAGAUACAACACGUCCUACGUGACGUGCAAAAGAACUGGUUUUGAGAGACCAAUAAUUCAGUUUGCACUAUCUCAACUCUCAGUGAACACACUUCAGGAUUGUGUAGACAGAUAUCUGGUCUACAUUCAAACUUUAGUUCAAAUGAACAACGAGACUGGAUUAGAAUGCGAAACACAGUCGAUAUUUUUCUACUUUGGUUCACCAGUGGAGUCAAUCAAUGUGUUUAAUCAAACAGGGAAUAAUAGUGAAAUAUUGACGAAAAUCCCUCUGGAUCCUACGACGAGAGCGGUUAAAUUUUCAGUUGGUCCUUUAUAUUUUGGUCAGAAAUAUUCAGUUGUAUUUCAAGUGAAAUAUCCAAAAUCUCUUCGUCCUCCUGUCGUCAAACUUCCUGUCCUGGUUGAAGUUGUAUGCAAACCCUACGAGCGUAGCAGUGCCUUCACAAAUAGAUGUAAGAAGUCAAAAUUCUUCAGAUUCAUGUCUCCAAUAAGCGUUGAAAUUGACUACCGUAUGCAUACUUAUCCAUGCGACUUACCCCAUUAUAUUGCAAUGAAGAAUCCCAAAGUACCGUUGUUGAGUAGUCGACUGACUACAUUUCUGAAUGUUGGUGAUCGACUUUUUUAUUGUGGCCGUGUGCUUAAUUGGCAGUUAUCAUUUGAAGAGCAAAGACGAUGCUUCAUGAUCAGUCCAUUACCCCAAAGAAUAUGGUCAGAUAUGGGACCAAGUGUCGCACAAAUCUUAGCAUACGACAAUUCGUCAGGUGCCCUACUCGGUUUGGGAGCCAACGGUGGAGGGGCAUUAAAGAGUCUGAACUUUGGGUUAAAAUGGAUUGUAGUCAAUUCAUUUGAGUAUCAAAGAAUUCUGAAUGCUUCAACACAAAUAAUCACUGCGAGUGUCACACCUUGGAUUUCAUUGACGGGAUCCUAUGACAAUUCAACUAUUGAGUCGUCUUGCAGUCUUAGUGUGUUGGGGCAGUGGAAAGUCUGUAUUGAUGGAAUUUACGCAAAUCAACUUCUGACAGCUAACUGGACUGUCACAUGCCCGAAAAUCGAACUUUUCAAACGGGGGAACAACUAAAGUUCAAGCUGACAGAGUGUUGAUAGUUCUUUUAGUUUGACUGUGUAUU